UUUGGGUGCAGCAACGAUUAGAUGAUACACUAAUAUUUACAAACAUUUCAGUUGCUACAGGCUAUGCUUAUACGCCACAGAUGCGCUCUGUUCCCGCGCCAUGGAUGAUGCAUUCUGUUUCAAUGAGAUGGAUGAUGCCAUCUGUUCCUAGGCCAUCGAUGCAUACUGGUCCUCAUUGUCAAAGAUAUGAAUUACCUCCUCGCAUGCGCUCAAGCAAUACUAAUACUACAAUGAUACACUCUACAACCGCUGAUAUUAAUGAGAGAGCGCCAGAGCAGCAGAAUCCGCCAAAUCAAAGCAGUAGAGCUAGUAACAGAUUGUUAGAAAGACGCAUAUCUAAUUUCUUGAUCAAUAGUUUGGGCCGAUUAACAACCACAGAGGAGAAUAUAGUUUGCACCAUAUGUCAGAGAUCAAAUUGGAGAAGAACAUAGCUAUCUUGAGCUGCAACCAUAUCUAUCAUGUAGGAUGCAUCAAAAAUUGGUUGAUGAUUAAAAAUGAAUGUGCUGUCUGUAGAGCACAAGCUAUCCCUGAUGAAAAUGUUUGAAGAGUUUUAUGUUGACGAGAAUAAUGAUGAUGAUUAUGUACGUGUAUACACAAUUUUAAAAUUUUCUCUCUAGUUUGAAUGAAAAUAUUUUGAU